AUGUCGGGCAAGUGCAGGAGGCUGGAGGGCAAGGUGGCCGUCGUUACCGCCUCCACAGCGGGCAUCGGGCUGGGCAUCGUGCGGCGCCUGGCAUCUGAGGGAGCCCGGGUGGUGGUGUCGUCACGCAAGCAGCAGAAUGUGGAGGAGACGGUGCAGCAGCUGAGGGCUGAGGGUCUGGAGGUGGCGGGCACAGCAUGCCACGUGGGCGACAAGGCACAGCUGCAGAAGCUGGUCCAGUUUGCCCUCGACGCAUACGGCAGGCUGGAUAUCCUGGUGUCCAAUGCCGCAGUCAACCCCGCCGCAGGUCCCAUCCUCACCAUGGAGGACUCGGCCAUAGAAAAGAUUCUGGACAUCAACGUGAAGAGCGCAGUGCUGCUGGCCAAGGCUGCGGUGCCGCACAUGCCGCGCGGCGGCGCCAUCGUCUUUGUCAGCAGCUACACGGCGUUCAGCCCGGCGCCCCCCAUCGCCAUGUAUGCUGUGUCCAAGACGGCCCUGCUGGGGCUCACCAAGGCGCUGGCUGAGGAGCUGGGCCCCGAUGGAAUACGGGUCAACUGCCUGGCGCCUGGCAUCGUGCCCACCAAGUUUGCCUCGGCGCUGGUGGCCAACCCAGAGAUGGAGGAGCUAAACAAGAGCCGCACGCUGCUGGGGCGCCUGGGCGCGCCGCAGGAUAUGGCGGCGGCGGUGGCGUUUUUGGCGUCAGAUGAUAGUUCCUACAUCACCGGCGAGACACUAGUGGUGGCCGGCGGCAUGCAAAGCAGGCUGUGACAUCAUGGCUGUGAUCUCUGGGCGUGCUCACUUUGACGCAAUUUUGGCAGCGCCUUGCUGGUCCUGCUGUGCUCCCUGCUCAGUGUACAUUCUAUCAACAUUUUUACAGCCCACUACGC